CAUGGUGCCCGCACCCAAGCCCGCGUCGCGCUCGUCGAUCAUGUCGCUGAUGCGCAACGUGCACAACCCCGCCUGCCCCUGCCACGGCUGCCAGACGGCACGCGGCGGCAUGAACAUGGCGCGCGCCGGCCUCAACAUGAUCCAGGGCCACAAUGCGCAGCCGGGCAACAAUGCGCGCGGCUAUGCACGGCCGGUGGACCAGGCGCUGAGCAAGGACUACGCCUUUGAGCUCGCGGCGUCCAACAUCCGCUACGGCGAGGGCGUCACGCAGGAGGUCGGCAUGGACUUUGCCAACCUGCGCACGGGCAAGGUCGGCGUCUUCACCGACCCGACGGUGCGGAACUUGACGGCGAUGAAGCAGUCGAUCGAGUCGCUCGAGAAGGCCGGCGUCAAGUACGAGAUCUUCGACCGCGUGCGCGUCGAGCCGAACGACAAGAGCUGGGCAGACGCCAUCUCCUUUGCACGCGCAAACGACUUUGGCGCGUUCCUGGCCGUCGGCGGCGGCUCGGUGAUGGACACGGCCAAGGUCGCGAACCUGUUCACGUGCUACCCCGAGGCGGAGCUGCUCGACUUUGUCAAUGCGCCGAUCGGCAAGGGCAUCCCCGUCGACAAGCAGCUGCGCCCGCUGCUCGCCGUGCCCACGACGGCCGGCACUGGCUCCGAGACGACGGGCACGGCCAUCUUUGACCACUCGGCCACGUCGGCCAAGACGGGCAUUGCGUCGCGCGCCAUGCGGCCGCUGCUCGGCAUCGUCGACCCGCUGAACACCGAGACGUGCCCGACGGCCGUGCACGUGUCGUCCGGCCUCGACGUGCUCUUCCACGCGCUUGAGAGCUACACGGCCAUUCCGUACAACGAGCGCAGCCCGCGUCCGUCCAACCCGCUCAACCGGCCGGCGUACCAAGGCCGCAACCCGAUCUCCGACGUCUUCUCGCUGUGGGCGCUCAAGCAGACGGUCAAGUACCUGCCGCGCGUGGCGCGCGACCGCACCGACACCGAGGCGCGCGGCCAGAUGCUGCUCGCCGCGACGUUUGCCGGCAUCGGCUUCGGCAAUGCCGGCGUGCACCUCUGCCACGGCAUCAGCUACCCAAUCUCGGGCCUCAACAAGACGCUCACCAAGUACAACCACCCCGGCUACCCGACGGACCACCCGCUCAUCCCGCACGGCCUCUCGGUGUGCCUCACGGGCCCGGCCGUGUUCGAGUACACGGCGCCGUCGGCGCCCGAGCGCCACCGCGAGAUUGCGGCCAUCUUUGGCGGCGAGGAGGAGAGCUCGGCAAUUGCGCGCAUCCCGGACCACGAGGUCGGCCAGCUGGUGUACGACCGCAUCGGCGACUUCCUCACCAACACGCUCGGCAUGCCGCGCGGCCUCGCGGCGCUCGGCUACAAGGACGAGCACAUCCCGGCGCUCGUCAAGGGCAGCAUCCCGCAGCGCCGCGUGCUCGACCUGGCGCCCGGCUUCGGCGAGAGCGACGGCAUGGAGCACCUGACGAGCAUCAUUGGGCGGAGCAUGCGCUACUGAGCUGGAGGCCG